GUGAUGUGAAGACAUAUGAAGGCAACCGACUCCUCCCACUCCACUCCCGUCUUGUUGAGAAAUCUACUGAGAUCUCCUCGGUGAGCUUCAUCCAAAGUCUGCUCCUCCGCUUCGACACUGAACCGCAACAACAGCGUUUAAACUGCUGGUCAGUACCUGAGGUUUGUCUGUGCCAUUUCAGCUGAAAAAGUUUCGUCUGUCUUCCCUCAGCAGGAAGAGAACACAGACUGUGAACAAACCUCGUCAUGAACUGGGCAUUCCUCCAGGGCCUCCUCAGUGGGGUGAACAAGUACUCCACAGCCUUCGGCCGAGUGUGGCUCUCAAUUGUUUUCCUCUUCAGGGUGAUGGUGUUUGUGGUGGCAGCAGAGAAGGUAUGGGGUGAUGAACAGAAGGACUUUAAAUGCAACACAGCUCAGCCUGGGUGCCACAAUGUCUGCUACGACCACUUCUUCCCCGUCUCCCACGUCCGGCUGUGGGCCCUGCAGCUCAUCUUCGUCACCUGCCCCUCACUCCUGGUGGUGAUGCACGUGGCCUACAGGGAGGACCGGGAGCGGAAACACCGGCUCAAGUAUGGUGAGAACUGCCACCGUCUUUACCAGAACACCGGCAAGAAGCGUGGAGGUCUGUGGUGGACCUACGUCCUCACUCUGUUCUUCAAAAUAGCUGUGGACGCCACUUUCGUCUACCUCCUCUACCACAUCUACGAGGGCUAUGACUUCCCCUCACUCAUCAAGUGUGAGCAGAAGCCUUGUCCCAACAAGGUGGACUGCUUCAUCGCUCGGCCCACUGAGAAAAGAAUCUUCACCAUCUUCAUGGUGGUCACCAGCCUGGCCUGCAUCCUCCUCUCCAUUUUUGAAAUCCUCUACCUGAUUGGCAAGCGCUGCCGGGAGUGUUUCACCACGGUCCAUCGCUCUCACCACGUUAUGACCAACAAAUUGUCCAGUGGAAGCUCCUUGAUGGAAUCAAACAAUCUAAAGCUGAAAAGCACCCCUGAAACACCUGCACCUUCAUACAGUGUCGCCAUAUCUUGAGAUGCUGAGAAUGUAGACUUUUUGAGAAACAAAGACUUUGGAAAGGAAAGCUGCCUCUCCUCACUUCACAGGUACUUUCUUCAAAGACGUGCCAGCAGACAUGUGUCUGCUCAGAAACUGAACUACAAUGGAGUUAGUUUACUGUGUCCACUGUCCAGAAUUUGAAAUUCUGAAUGACAAGAGGACCGCUGAACAAACAUUAAGCUCACCAUGCUAUUUACAUCGAUCUGGAAUGUAUUGCUAGUUGUCGGUUUGGGUUCAGAGUAUUUACAGAUGAAGCUCCAAAGCUUUUGCAAAGAAAAAAACCCAUGUUUGGGCGAUGCAGCCUCAGAUUUAGCCUUGAGAUCAAAUGCAUGAGUCAGCCCAUGGUUUGGAGAGUACGGUUUUACAAACACAUGUGGUUUUCUGUGUAAGAUUUUCCCUCUGCUCAGUGCCCAACCCCAGAGUGCUUUCAUUCAAACUGUACUGUCUUUUCCCUUCACUCAGAUGUUCAUAUGUGCACUCGUGACUGCUUUUAUUGUUUGUGUGUGUCUGUGAAUACUCCAUGUAAUUUAUCAACAAGCUUGAAAGAUAAAUUGUGCAUGUUAACUGUCCCUACCUGUUCUCACGUUUAAAUUGCUCAGACAGGAAAGAGCAAUAAAGUUUUUUUAAACACUGUUGUUAAUAUA